UCCACGGCCGCCAUUUUCUUUCUUUCUUAGCAGUUGGCUGGGAGAAGGUCUCUGCGAAGAAGCGUUAGCAGGCACAGUAGGUUAGACAUGGCAGACUAUUCAACAGUGCCUCCACCUUCCUCUGCCUCAGCUGGUGGUGGAGGCGGCGGCGGCGGUGGUGGAGGAGUUAACGAUGCUUUCAAAGAUGCGCUGCAGAGAGCCCGGCAGAUUGCAGCAAAAAUUGGAGGUGAUGCUGGUACAACACUGAAUUCAAAUGACUAUGGUUAUGGGGGACAAAAAAGGCCUUUGGAAGAUGGAGAUGGCUCUUGGACAAGUCCGAGCAGUACAACACACUGGGAGGGAAUGCCCUCUCCUUUUAAAGAUCAACCAGAUGCUAAGAAAGUUGCUCCUCAAAAUGACUCUUUUGGGACUCAGUUACCACCGAUGCAUCAGCAGCAAAGGUCUGUAAUGACAGAAGAAUACAAAGUUCCAGAUGGAAUGGUUGGAUUUAUAAUUGGCAGAGGAGGUGAACAGAUCUCACGCAUACAGCAGGAAUCUGGAUGCAAAAUACAGAUUGCUCCUGACAGUGGUGGCCUUCCAGAAAGGUCUUGUAUGUUAACUGGAACACCUGAGUCUGUCCAAUCAGCAAAACGGUUACUGGACCAGAUUGUUGAAAAAGGAAGACCAGCCCCUGGCUUCCAUCAUGGUGAUGGACCAGGAAAUGCAGUCCAAGAAAUAAUGAUUCCAGCUAGCAAGGCAGGAUUAGUUAUUGGAAAGGGGGGAGAGACUAUUAAACAACUUCAGGAGCGGGCUGGAGUUAAAAUGGUUAUGAUUCAAGACGGACCUCAGAACACUGGUGCUGACAAACCUCUUAGAAUUACAGGAGAUCCAUACAAAGUUCAACAAGCCAAGGAAAUGGUGUUAGAGUUAAUUCGUGAUCAAGGUGGUUUCCGAGAGGUUCGAAAUGAGUAUGGGUCAAGGAUAGGAGGAAAUGAAGGGAUAGAUGUCCCCAUUCCAAGAUUUGCUGUUGGCAUUGUAAUAGGAAGAAAUGGAGAGAUGAUUAAAAAAAUACAAAAUGAUGCUGGUGUUCGUAUUCAGUUUAAGCCAGAUGAUGGAACAACGCCUGACAGAAUAGCACAAAUAACAGGACCUCCAGAUCGAUGUCAACAUGCUGCAGAAAUUAUUACAGACCUUCUCCGAAGUGUACAGGCUGGUAAUCCUGGUGGACCUGGACCUGGUGGUCGAGGAAGAGGUAGAGGUCAAGGCAACUGGAACAUGGGACCACCUGGUGGACUACAGGAAUUUAAUUUCAUUGUACCAACUGGAAAAACUGGAUUAAUAAUAGGAAAAGGAGGUGAAACCAUAAAAAGCAUAAGCCAACAAUCUGGUGCAAGAAUAGAACUUCAGCGAAAUCCUCCACCUAAUGCAGAUCCUAAUAUGAAAUUAUUUACAAUUCGUGGCACUCCACAGCAGAUAGACUAUGCUCGGCAACUCAUAGAAGAAAAGAUUGGUGGCCCAGUAAAUCCUUUAGGGCCACCUGUACCCCAUGGGCCCCAUGGUGUCCCAGGCCCCCAUGGGCCUCCUGGGCCUCCUGGGCCUGGAACUCCAAUGGGACCUUACAACCCUGCACCUUACAAUCCAGGACCACCUGGCCCUGCUCCUCAUGGUCCUCCAGCUCCUUAUGCUCCCCAGGGAUGGGGAAAUGCAUAUCCACACUGGCAGCAACAGGCCCCUCCUGAUCCAGCUAAGGCAGGAACUGAUCCAAAUUCAGCAGCUUGGGCUGCGUAUUAUGCUCACUAUUAUCAACAGCAAGCACAGCCACCACCUGCAGCUCCUGCUGGUGCACCAACUACAACCCAAACCAAUGGACAAGGAGAUCAACAGAAUCCAGCUCCAGCUGGACCAGUUGAUUAUACUAAGGCUUGGGAAGAAUACUACAAGAAAAUGGGUCAGGCAGUUCCUGCUCCUACUGGUGCUCCACCAGGUGGUCAGCCAGAUUAUAGUGCAGCCUGGGCUGAGUACUACAGACAGCAAGCAGCCUACUAUGCCCAGACAAGUCCCCAGGGAAUGCCACAGCAUCCUCCAGCACCUCAGUGCCUUCCCAGACCUUCCACCUUAGGUUCUGCUGCAAAAAGCAACAGUGCUGAAGAUGCUGCAAGCACCAAAUCAUAGCUCAUAAAAUCAGGUCCUGAGAUAGUUACCCAUAAAGAGGAAUCCUUUGAGUGUAUGCCAUUGGUGAGCCGAUGAGCAUGGACCAUAGAAGGGCUCAAUGUAGAAGGUAAAAUUGGCGAAUCAUAAUUGAGAAAUAUGAAAUGUAUUCCCAUACAUAAUAUGGUAUAGGGUGUAAUGUACCUGCUUUUGAUCACUUCAUUUUUAAGUGCUAUUCACUUGCUCUUAAAUGUUCCAUGAACUGUUAAGUUUCAUAAGUUAUGUAGUUUGCACCACAUUUGUGUGUGUGUGUGUGUAUGUGUUUUGAUAGUCAAUGAUAGGUAUGUUAAGAUUGAUGAUAUGAAGGAGCUCUUUGAACUUUAAGAGCUUGUCAAGAUGGGGUUAGCUGUAGUUUGCAUUUUUACAAAAGAAUAUAUAGAUGAAUGCUAAUAGAUAUUGGGGCAUUGUUUCUGUCUUACGAGAAUUUUUUAUCAUUACCAUAAGCCUUCACUGAUACUGCAAGCAUUUUUUUUAAUGGCGCUAAUCUUAACCUUACAAUAAAUGGAAAGCAGAAAAGGUGAGCCAGUCGGUUUGAAUGCAGUGGAUGUUAGGAGUGUUAGAAACAAUGUUUAGUUUAGAUUGAAAUUGAACUGAUUUAUUUUAUUUAGCACUUAAAAACUUGACAAUGUGUUUUUUUUUUCAAGAUACCUUAGUGUGGUGGUGCUUAGAAUUCUUAUGUUUUGAUGUUUCUUUUAGAAAUGAGAAGUAUGCUUUUAUUUUUAAUUAAUGAAAAUGGUUUUAAUACUAAAACUAGUUAUUUAAUAUUAGUUGUUUCUAAACAUUGUAAAAUAUAUCCUUAGACAAAUACCUUGGUAGUUAAUUCAUAUGGGUGGGUUUGGGUAGGAGUAGCAGAGUUCCUUAAGGGGGAAGUAGGAAUAUAUGCAGAAGAGAUAACAUUUCAUUUGUGUGAAUACUCUGCCAGAGGAAUCGGUUCUAUCUGCAAAGUUAUCUAUGUCUAAAAUAGGGGUGUAGAAAUUGCUAAUCAGUGAGGAUGUAUUUUUAUUUUCUGAAAAUUCUGCCUCAUUUUAAAAUGUAUUUUAACAAUACCUAGUUAAUUUUGACUCUGAAAAUAACCUUAUUUUUUGUUUAGUCACUUGAGUUUUAUUGCCACAGUAUAAACUUCUGAGGAAUUUUUUUAAUUGGUUUAAAUUGGUGCUUCUAGGAAGCACAUAAAUCCUAGGGUUUUAUUUUCUUCAUUGAUACCCCUAUAGAAACUCUUAUAUGUAUUUGCGCAUAUAUAUAUUUUUUCUUAUGCAUGCUCAAUGCAUUUUCGUCCUGAGAAAAGUGUUCUCUACAGAAACUACCCGUGUGUAAAAAGAAGAUUGGCUUAAAAUGGCUACUGUGAUGGGAACAGUGUCUUAGGGAGAUGCAGCUUGGACUUGAGGUAAAUUGAAUACUUUACAAACUGUGGUUUAGAGUUUGCUUUAAUGACAUUGUAUGUAAAAGUACACAUGAUUGCUGUAAUCUUGUUAUGG